AUGUCGGCAAGUAAGGUUGAAUCUAGAAAAAUACCUAUUCCUCCUCAUAGGUUGACGCCGUUAAAGAAUGUUUGGGUGAAAGUAUACCCACCUUUGGUGGAACAUUUGAAACUACAAGUUCGUAUGAACCUUCGUUCUAAAUCUGUAGAACUACGAAGCACAAAAGAAGCUGUAGAUGGGGGAUUGCAGAAAGGAGCAGAUUUCAUUAAAGCAUUUACAUUAGGAUUCGAUGUUGACGAUGCGAUUGCAUUGUUGAGGUUGGAUGAUCUAUAUAUAGAAACCUUUGAAAUUAAGGAUGUCAAGACUUUAACAGGCGAUCAUUUGAGCAGGGCUAUAGGAAGAAUUGCUGGGAAAGACGGGAAAACUAAAUUUGCUAUUGAGAAUGCCACUAGAACGAGGAUAGUAUUGGCAGAUUCCAAAAUUCACAUACUCGGAGGAUUUACACAUAUUAGAAUGGCCAGAGAAGCUGUUGUUUCCUUGAUUUUGGGUUCGCCGCCUGGAAAAGUUUACGGUAAUCUACGUACAGUUGCUAGUAGGUUGAAGGAGCGCUACUAG